UGGGGGAGGGGCGCGACGUGUGACUGGGCGCUGCUGCCGCUGCCGCUGCUGGGGGAGAGGGAGGAGAGAAAGAGGCGCGCGUGGAAGAAACUAUCGCAGAAAUAAAAUAAACUCAGACAAAAUAAAUUCCCCCAACUCUUCUCCCGGGUGACCGGAAACCCUCAAUUUUACCUCCCCCACCAUCAAAAAAAUUACAACUCGGAGUAGUCUCGCUCUCGCUAGACUUAAUCGCCCGACUAAUCAGCGGGUUCGGGGUUGUUUUCCUUGUUUCCCGGGGUUUCGUUAAAGGAUUAAAAUUUAAAGUGGAGUUUUUUAAAGUACCCGGUCGGCGCUAAAAGAAAGUUUUCUGAGGAUUUAAAAAAAAAAUUAGUGUUUCUGUUGUGUUUGUCGGUGCUUCCAAGAUGGCGCAGUGAGUGAGGCCGCGUCGCCAUUUGCAGCCGUACCAACCAAGGGAGCGAGCGGGCGGGCGGGAGGGCGAGAGAGCCGAACAAACCGAAAACAGGCCGGGCCGACACCGCUUCCUCCCAUCUCGACUCCCCCCUCCCCUGCCCGCCGCCGCCGCCGCCGCCGCCGCCGCCGCCACCAGCACCAGCACCACCACACAACACCACACCACCCUACCCAGCCCCCUCCCCUCCCCCUCCCCUGCCUGCCCUCCCCUCCCCUCCCCUCUCCUCGCCUCCCCACCUCGGCCUCUCUCUCUCUUGUCCCACCGGCGGAGCAGCGCCAUGUUCAGGCUACACGGAGGAGGCGGAGGAGGAGGAAGAAUAGUGGCGGCGGGAGAAAAGUGAACCAGGAGGAGCCGACAACGGGCUGAAGGCCGACCAACUCCAAGGGGGCGAAGUCUCCGGGUGGAGCGGAAGCGGAGCGGAGCGGACACUCGUGAAGUGAUCAUUGGGGCCCCCCGGACUCUCCCCUGACCGCCCCGACCAGCAAUGAAUCUUGACUCGUUAUCGCUGGCCUUGUCUCAAAUCAGCUACCUUGUGGACAACCUGACCAAGAAGAAUUACAAAUCCAGCCAGCAGGAGAUCUCUCAUAUUGUGAACAGACACGGCCCCGAGGCAGACAGACAUUUAUUACGCUGUCUAUUCUCGCAUGUGGAUUUCAGUGGCGAUGGUAAAAGCAGCGGCAAAGAUUUCCAUCAGACUCAGUUUCUGAUUCAGGAGUGUGCGUCGCUGAUUACCAAGCCUAAUUUCAUCUCGACGCUGUGCUACGCCAUUGACAAUCCAUUGCACUAUCAGAAGAGUCUGAAACCUUCGCCCCACCUGUUUACUCAGCUUAGUAAAGUGCUCAAGUUAAGCAAGGUCCAAGAGGUUAUCUUUGGCCUCGCCUUGCUGAAUUCUUCUAGCUCAGAUCUGCGAGGGUUUGCUCUCCAGUUUGUGAAACAGAAGCUCCCAGAUCUUCUGCGAUCUUACAUAGACGCAGACGUAAGUGGGAACCAAGAAGGUGGCUUUCAGGAUAUUGCAAUAGAAGUCCUGCACCUGCUCCUGUCCCACCUUCUUUUCGGGCAAAAAGGAGCAUUCGGUGUUGGGCAGGAACAGAUUGACGCUUUCCUUAAAACAUUGCGCAGAGAUUUUCCGCAAGAGCGCUGUCCUGUGGUGCUUGCACCACUGCUAUAUCCUGAAAAACGGGACAUUCUGAUGGAUAGGAUUCUGUCUGAUUCGGGAGGGAUAGUGAAGACAAUGAUGGACAGCUCACUAGCAGAUUUUAUGCAAGAAGUAGGCUACAGCUUUUGUACAAGCGCUGAAGAAUGCCGUCAAAUCAUUUUGCAGUUUGGGGUUCGGGAAGUGACAGCUUCUCAGGUUGCCAGGGUACUGGGAAUGAUGGCUCGGACACAUUCAGGCCUGAGUGAUGGCAUUUCCUUACAGUCUAUCUCAGCCCCCGGAAGUGGAAUCUGGAGUGAUGGGAAGGAUAAAACUGACUCUGCACAGGCCCAUACUUGGAAUGUAGAAAUAUUUAUUGAUGUUGUGAAGGAAGUGAAUCCAAACCUGAAUUUCAAGGAGGUGACUUAUGAGCUGGAUCACCCAGGAUUCAUUCUACGUGACAGCAAAGGCCUGCAAAUAGCAGUGUAUGGAAUCCAGAAAGGGAUGGGGAUUGAAGUCUUUCCUGUUGAUCUCAUUUACCGGCCUUGGAAGCACGCAGAAGGACAGCUCUCCUUUAUUCAACACUCAUUAAUGAACCCAGAUAUCUUCUGUUUUGCUGACUACCCAUGUCAUACUGUUGUGACAGACAUUUUGAAAGCCCCCCCAGAAGAUGACAACCGGGAAAUUGCUACAUGGAAAAGCUUAGACCUUAUUGAGACCUUGCUACGUCUUUCAGAGUUGGGACAAUAUGAGCAGGUCAAGCAGCUCUUCAAUUUUCCUAUCAAACAUUGUCCGGAUAUGUUGGUACUGGCUUUACUCCAGAUCAACCCAACCUGGCACACUCUGCGCCAUGAACUGAUCUCCACACUGAUGCCAAUUUUCCUGGGUAAUCAUCCAAAUUCUGCCAUUAUCUUGCACUACGCAUGGCACGGACAGGGUCAAUCUCCCUCAAUCCGACAAUUGAUCAUGCACGCGAUGGCAGAGUGGUACAUGCGUGGUGAGCAGUAUGAUCAGGCUAAGCUCUCUCGCAUUCUAGAUGUAGCUCAAGACUUGAAGGCCUUGUCUAUGCUGCUAAAUGGUACUCCGUUUGCCUUUGUUAUUGACCUUGCUGCACUUGCAUCUCGCCGAGAAUACCUCAAACUUGAUAAAUGGUUAACUGAUAAAAUUCGUGAGCAUGGGGAACCAUUUAUCCAGGCAUGUGUUACGUUCCUAAAAAGACGGUGUCCUUCCAUCAUGGGUGGACUGGCUCCUGAGAAGGAACAACCCAAGAGUGCUCAACUUCCUCCAGAAACACUGGCUACAAUGUUGGCUUGUCUGCAGGCUUGUGCAGGGAGUGUGUCACAGGAGCUGUCGGAGACUAUUCUCACAAUGGUGGCUAACUGUGGCAAUGUCAUGAACAAAGCCCGCCAGCCACCUCCAGGAGUAAUGCCCAAGGUCCGAGCACCUAGUACCAGCAGUAUAGAAACCAUGUCACCUGUACAGAUUGAUCCAUUGUCUGGCAUGGCUUCGUUGACAAUUGGUGGAUCAGCUGCAUCCCUCACUCCGAGUAUGCAGGGUUUCACAACUAACCUGAGUUCUGCAUUCAAUACUCCUCAAUCACCAGCAAAAGCCUUUCCUCCACUCUCGACACCAAACCAGACAACUCCCUUCAGUGGUAUCGGCGCACUUCCGUCUCAACUACCAGGAAGUUUGGGCACAGGGAGUUUGACUGGCAUGGGAACUGGUGGACUUGCACUACCAACUGUGAACACUGACCCUUUUGGGCAGCGAAAGAUGAGCACAUCUGGACUGAACCCACAAACAUUCCAGCAGAGUAAGAUGAAAACUUCUGACCUUUCUCAGGUAUGGCCGGAGGCAAAUCAGCACUUUAGCAAGGAGAUUGAUGAUGAAGCUAACAGUUACUUCCAGCGAAUCUACAACCAUCCACCCCACCCUACCAUGUCUGUUGAUGAGGUUCUGGAAAUGCUGCAGAGAUUUAAGGAUUCCACCAUUAAGCGUGAAAGGGAGGUUUUUAACUGUAUGCUUCGUAACCUGUUUGAAGAGUACCGCUUCUUCCCCCAGUAUCCAGACAAAGAACUGCACAUCACAGCCUGCUUAUUUGGUGGAAUUAUUGAAAAGGGGCUGGUCACAUACAUGGCAUUGGGACUUGCACUGCGCUAUGUUCUUGAAGCUUUGCGCAAACCAUUUGACUCCAAGAUGUACUACUUUGGCAUUGCUGCACUAGACAGAUUUAAAAACAGAUUGAAGGACUAUCCCCAGUAUUGUCAACAUUUAGCUUCUAUUGGCCACUUCUUACAAUUUCCUCAUCAUUUACAGGAGUACAUUGAAUAUGGCCAGCAGUCCCGAGACCCCCCUGUGAAAAUGCAGGGUAGCAUUACAACGCCUGGCAGUAUUGCUUUGGCACAAGCUCAGGCUCAAGCACAGGCUCAGAAUAAGACCCCUAUGGCCAGACAGGUCAGUGCCAUCGUGACCACUUCCACAACCACCACAGUCACCAAAGCAACUACAGUUACCAGGCCGACUGGAGUGAGCUUUAAGAAAGAUGUACCGCCCUCUAUUAAUACAACAAAUAUAGAAACGUUGUUGGUGGCCACAGACCAGGCAGAGAGGAUAGUGGAACCUCCUGAAAAUAUUCAAGAAAAAGUGGCAUUCAUCUUCAACAACCUCUCACAGUCGAAUAUGACACAGAAGGUGGAGGAACUGAAGGAGACCGUGAAGGAUGAGUUUAUGCCCUGGGUAUCUCAAUAUUUGGUUAUGAAGCGGGUUAGCAUUGAACCAAACUUUCACAGUCUGUAUUCAAACUUUAUGGACACCUUAAAAAACCUAGAGUUUAACAAAAUGGUGCUCUCUGAAACAUACAGAAACAUCAAGGUACUGUUAACUUCAGACAAGGCUGCAGCAAACUUCUCAGACCGAUCAUUGUUGAAGAACCUGGGGCACUGGUUGGGCAUGAUCACCUUGGCCAAAAAUAAACCCAUUUUGCAUAUUGAUCUGGAUGUGAAAUCAUUGCUGCUGGAAGCUUACAUAAAAGGUCAGCAGGAGAUGCUCUAUGUUGUCCCUUUCGUUGCCAAAGUUUUAGAGUCCAGCGUUAGGAGUAUGGUUUUCAGGCCUCCAAAUCCGUGGACGAUGGCCAUCAUGAAUGUAUUAGCAGAGCUACAUCAAGAGCAUGAUUUGAAGUUAAACUUGAAGUUUGAGAUCGAGGUCUUGUGUAAAAAUCUGGCUUUGGAUAUCAAUGACUUGAAGCCUGGAACAUUAUUGAAGGACAAAGAAAAAUUGACAAAUCUGGAAGAGCAGCUAUCAGCUCCAAAGAGAGAGUCCAAAAUACCUGAGGAACUGCCAGUAGUUGUCACCACUGGCUUCCGGGGUUUGAAUGAUUCCGAGGCUUGCCAGUCCGUUGUGUGGGAGGGAACCAUACCACUAAGUGGCAAUGCUGCAUCAGUGACUCCAGCAACAACAACCACUUGUACGACCACUGGCCCUCCACAGCCACAGUUCAGCUAUCACGACAUCAAUGUCUAUUCUCUGGCUGCCUUGGCUCCACACAUUACAGUCAAUCCAAAUAUUCCUUUGUUUCAAGCUCAUCCACAGCUGAAGUCGUAUGUUCGGCAAGCAAUCGACCGUGCUGUGCAGGAGCUUGUUCAUCCUGUCGUUGACCGUUCAAUCAAAAUUGCCAUGACCACCUGUGAACAGAUAGUUCGCAAAGAUUUUGCUCUAGAUUCUGAAGAGUCACGAAUGCGAGUUGCAGCACAUCACAUGAUGCGUAACUUGACUGCAGGGAUGGCCAUGAUUACGUGCAGGGAGCCAUUACUAAUGAGCAUUGCUACAAACCUAAAGAACAACUUUGCCACAGCUCUACGGGCUGCAUCUCCACAACAGAGGGAGAUGAUGGAACAAGCAGCUGCCCAGAUAGCACAAGACAACUGUGAGCUUGCAUGUUGUUUUAUUCAGAAAACAGCUGUAGAAAAAGCAGGUCCUGAAAUGGACAAACGACUUGCAACAGAGUUUGAACUCCGGAAGCAUGCUAGGCAGGAAGGUCGGCGAUACUGUGAUCCUGUCGUACUGACCUAUCAGGCUGAGCGUAUGCCUGAGCAAAUCAGAUUGAAGGUGGGUGGUGUAGAUCCCAAACAACUGGCUGUCUAUGAAGAGUUUGCUCGUAAUAUUCCAGGAUUUCUUCCCAGCAAUGAUAUUUCUCAGCCCACUGGCUUCUUGGCCAAGCCCAUGCAGCAAGCUUGGGCAACUGAUGAUAUUGCACAGAUUUAUGACAAGUGCAUUACUGAACUGGAGCAACAUCUGCAUGCAAUUCCACCAUCUCUGGCCAUGAACCCUCAGGCUCAGGCACUUCGUAAUUUACUGGAAGCUGUGGUGAUGGCCAGGAAUUCACGUGAUGCUAUUGCUGCUCUUGGCCUCCUGCAGAAGGCCGUGGAGGGACUGCUGGACGCCACUAGUAGUGCAGACUCGGACCUCUUGCUUCGAUACAGAGAAUGCCAUUUGCUGGUUUUGAAAGCUCUGCAGGAUGGGCGUGCUUAUGGAUCUCAGUGGUGUAACAAUAAAAUCACUAGGUGCCUAAUUGAAUGUCGUGAUGAGUACAAGUAUAAUGUCGAUGCUGUGGAGUUGCUCAUUAGGCAUCAUCUAGUGAACAUGCAGCAGUAUGAUAUCCACUUAGCCCAGUCAAUGGAGAAUGGCCUGAAUUACAUGGCUGUAGCCUUUGCCAUGCAGUUGGUGAAGAUUCUCUUGGUAGAUGAGAGAAGCAUUAGCCACAUUACUGAAGCAGAUUUAUUCAACACUAUUGAAACACUUAUGAGGAUCAGUGCUCAUUCCAGGGGAAAUGCACCUGAAGGAUUGCCACAGCUCAUGGAUCUCCUGAGAGCUAACUACGAAGCCAUGAUGGAUCGUGCACAUGGUGGCCCCAACUUCAUGAUGCAUUCUGGGAUAUCACAGGCAUCAGAAUAUGAUGACCCACCCGGGCUUCGGGAGAAGGCAGAGUAUUUACUGAGGGAAUGGGUAAACCUAUACCACUCUGCGGCAGCCGGACGGGACAGCACCAAAGCAUUCUCUGCCUUUGUUGGGCAGAUGCACCAGCAGGGAAUUUUGAAGACUGACGACCUGAUUACUCGUUUUUUCCGCCUCUGUACCGAAAUGUGCGUUGAAAUUAGUUACCGUGCACAACAGGAGCAACAGCACAAUCCUUCUGCCAAUCCCACAAUAAUCAGGGCCAAGUGCUAUCACAACCUAGAUGCUUUUGUCAGAUUGAUAGCCCUGCUGGUCAAACACUCUGGGGAAGCUACCAAUACGGUCACUAAAAUAAAUCUUCUUAACAAGGUUCUGGGAAUUGUAGUAGGAGUCCUACUACAAGAUCAUGAAGUACGUCAGAGUGAGUUUCAGCAACUGCCAUAUCAUCGAAUCUUCAUCAUGUUGUUGCUGGAGUUAAAUGCCCCUGAGCAUGUGCUGGAAACAAUCAAUUUCCAGACUCUGACUGCUUUCUGCAACACAUUCCACAUCUUGCGGCCCACUAAAGCUCCCGGCUUUGUCUAUGCCUGGCUGGAACUGAUUUCCCACCGAAUCUUCAUUGCGAGAAUGCUGGCGCAUACACCUCAACAGAAGGGCUGGCCCAUGUAUGCCCAGCUGCUGAUUGAUUUGUUCAAGUUCCUUGCUCCUUACUUGAGGAAUGUGGAGUUGACAAAACCUAUGCAAAUUCUUUAUAAGGGCACUCUGCGUGUCUUGCUUGUCCUUUUGCACGACUUUCCAGAGUUUCUUUGUGACUACCAUUAUGGCUUCUGUGACGUUAUCCCACCAAACUGUAUUCAGCUGCGUAACCUGAUCCUGAGUGCCUUCCCACGGAACAUGCGGCUGCCAGAUCCAUUCACACCUAAUCUAAAGGUGGAUAUGCUGAGUGAAAUCAACAUUGCUCCCCGAAUACUGACCAACUUCACUGGAGUGAUGCCACCUCAGUUUAAGAAGGACUUGGACUCCUAUUUGAAGACGCGUUCUCCAGUGACUUUCUUGUCAGAAUUGCGCAGUAACCUGCAGGUAUCAAACGAACCUGGUAACCGGUACAACAUUCAACUAAUAAAUGCCCUGGUGCUGUAUGUGGGAACGCAGGCGAUUGCUCACAUCCAUAACAAGGGCAGUACGCCAUCCAUGAGCACCAUCACACACUCGGCACAUAUGGACAUCUUCCAGAACCUGGCUGUGGAUCUUGAUACAGAAGGUCGAUACUUGUUCCUGAAUGCCAUCGCCAAUCAACUGCGUUACCCUAACAGCCACACUCACUAUUUCAGCUGCACUAUGCUGUAUCUGUUUGCUGAAGCAAAUACAGAAGCAAUCCAGGAACAGAUCACCAGGGUCCUGUUGGAAAGGCUGAUUGUAAACAGACCUCAUCCAUGGGGGCUCCUUAUCACCUUUAUUGAACUAAUUAAAAAUCCAGCCUUCAAGUUCUGGAACCAUGAGUUUGUCCACUGUGCUCCUGAAAUUGAGAAGUUGUUCCAGUCUGUAGCUCAAUGCUGUAUGGGACAGAAGCAGGCACAACAAGUAAUGGAAGGCACUGGUGCAAGUUAAAACAGCAAAGCAAUACCUCCUUGGAGAAACAACGUGGAGAGAGUGAUGAGCAGCCUGUGUUUUUCUUGAAAACUGUCAUUGGUUGUGUAACUUGCUGGUUCUUCCAAUCAAAUGCAGUCAGCUGCAUGAGUCAGACAUAGGAACAAUGGUCAGUGAAGAGCUGAUUUCAUGUUGGACGUUUCAUUUUUCAUUUGUCACUUGGCCAAAAAAAAACAAAUGCUGUGAAUAUCAUUUGAAAUGAUAUAAAAAUGUAAAUAAAAGGGAGUGCAACCUUAAACUGGACUAUCUCCAUCUGUGCAAAUUGUAUUAAACUGACUUUUAUCCAGUUAUUACCGGUGUUGGCAGCUGAUGACACAUUGAUGAAGCAUGUCUGGGAUAGAUUCCCCACCGUUCCAAACUACAGCCACAGAUCCUCCUGAGAUGCGACAGGAGCUGCUCUUUAUUUGUUGAGGGGUGGGAGGAGGGAGAGGAGGAAAGCAGUAUUGACUUUCAUUUGCCCAUGUUCUUGCAUAUUUAAAGUCCUCCAGCGGAUUAGAAUGGAGGUUCAGUAUGGUUUACAAAAAGAUUUAUUUUUUAAGGUUUUUGUCUUUGAGAUGAGCUGCUCCUUCAGCCCUUUAACUAAAAGGAAGUGUCCAGGCUGAUUGUGGAGUUCACUAUGUUAAUGCAAAGGAAAAUAAAAGGUUCUCCCUGAAUUCUGUAAAUUGUGGGAUAAAAAUAAGCCAGUUUUGCGGCAUGAAGUCGAUUAAGUUUGUAAAAAGAAACCAAGGACCAAUACAGGCCAUUUUGUAAGGAUUUUGAAUGUUGUUUUGUAAAUGUAUUGGUCCAUGUGUUGUAUUUUGUAGUCUUUGUAGUUUCCUUGGCUCUAGUUCUGCCACUUAACACUUGUAUGUAAGCAUAUUGUAGUUAAUGCAUUAAAACCCAUGUCAUGCAGCAACCUCCUCU